CACCGUACUGUGUACAUACAAAACACCAGGGACAGGGCAUCACCAGUUUGGGGUGUCAUCACCAAAACGUCCGCCAGACAUUUCGACAAGGAGAGCAUAAUUCCAUGGAAGAGGACCGUCCAAGGAAGCGCGUGCGCGUUUCCAUUGCCUGUCACAACUGCCGAAAUCGCAAAUCACGGUGCGAUGGCCAACAUCCAAGUUGUGGCCGAUGUAGAGAGCUCGACGCGCCUUGCGUCUAUGACGAGCCACCGGCACAUCACCGCCCGAGGUCAGACACUCAUCCUUCGGACAUCCUUUCCAGGCUGAGUGCUCUUGAAGACAGAAUCAAUACUAGAGGCACUGGGUCCAGCCGUCAAGAUGUCACCCAGGACGACGACGACGUCGAUCCCCAAAAUGACGACAGCACUAGCAAUGGACUGCUGGCUCCGCCUACGUUAACAGGGCUCCCACGUUCGCACCAGGAGGAUGCCAACGUCGAUGGCAUGGGCGAGGUCCAACUGACAGAUGACGGAGAGAACUGCACAUAUUUUGGUCCUUCUUCCAACGUGGCCUUGGUACGCCAACUUUCUCUAGCCUUGACUCGAGCUCAAAGUCAAACCUCUCGCUCACGAGCUAUGCCGACCUCCGCAACUUCACUUGCAUCUUCAAGGUAUUCGUCACUUCAACAACCUCGUUCAGAGAGCGGACGGCGAGGGCCUUCAAAUGACGGGGCCAACAUCGGAUCCAGACCCGGCCAUCAUGUCCCUCCGGAACCAGAAGCCACAAAUAUCAUUCACGAAUACUUCAGCACCAUAGGCCUUUUCUUUCCCGUCAUCCAUCAAGACACAUUCAUGAGCACCUACAACGACCUGCGGAAAAGAGGGUUCAUGGGCGCUCGUCGCGUGUGGCUGGCUCUGCUCUAUAUGAUCAUUGCUACCGUGUACCGUACCGAUUCUCCCUCUACUCCCUCCGAGACAUCGGCCGAAACCUCGGAAAGAUACUUUCAAUGGGCAAAAGACCUGGUGAUGCCACAGGUCUUGAUCUCGUCCAGUUUAGAAACCGUACAACUCCUCGGCCUCAUGAUUGAGUAUCUCCAUGGCUCUUCCCAGUCAGCCCAGCUCUGGACCUUACACUCGUUGGCCGUCAAGGCAGCGUUGCAAAUAGGCCUGCAUUCGGCCGACGCGUCUCGACACUUGACCCUUCUCGAGCGUGAGAUGCGCAAGCGAACGUGGUUCUUGAUUGUCAUGAACGACAACAACCUGAGCGCCAAAUUCGGUCGGCCCAUGACCAUCCCUCCCUCUCUUCAGAAAAGACUGGAUCCCCCACAAGACAUCAGCGACAUUUUCCCCACCAUAUACGCAAGCCGCAGCGUUAUUGCAACGAGCGUGGACGCCUUCAAGUGCGGAGUCCAACUCUCACAUCUCACAUGUCAAGUGGUCUCCCAACUAUACGACGACAACGCAGGCGGCAACACACUCAACCACGUCAACACCUUCGACACCCUCCGUAUGGCCUUCGAUCUCUCCUGGAAGUUAUCCCAAUGGCACCAGUCCGUACCACCAGACUUCCGCCCGAGAAAUCUAACUACUGAUCCUCCUCCUCCUCCUGCCCUAAAAUCAUCAUCAUCAUCACCAAGCAUCGAAGCCCAACGAUUACGAGCCGUUCUCAGUCUUCGGUACUACGGAUUAUGCACCCUCGUCGAGCGUCCAGUUCUCCUAAAGUUCCUCAGCCUCCAGCUGGAACCUGGGCAUAGCUCGGAGGACAACACGAACGGCAACAGCAGCGACCAAGUGCCGCAAGUGGCAAUGGGAGUGGCCCAACAAGUGGCUCUACUGCGCGAGGGGUCCGGCGUAGCAUCUUUGCGGAGAUGUAUCCGUGCCUGCAGAGAAUGUAUAGCGCUUGCGAAAGCGAUUGUGGAGCGGUGGCAGAACCAGAAGGUGCUGCUUUCGGGUGCUUGGUGGUUGACUGCUUAUCACGCCUUCGGCGCCUCCCUAACUCUCUACACCGUCCUCCUUAUUGCCGGCACAAAACCCUCCUUCUCCGACCUUCUCAGCAAAUCCGAGCUCAUAACGGUGCGCUCCGCCCUCAACGAUGCCGUCGACUUGCUCUCCCGCUUCAGCGAAAGCCUAGUCAUUUCGCGGUGCCACGAUUGCCUGGUGAACUUUCUUCGUGCUUAUGACUCGGUUGUGGUGGAGCAGCAGCAACAGGAAUUACAUACCUCUACAACUGUGCAGAACAACAACCCUGAUAACUCUUCUCAAUCGUUGCCGCCGACUACCUCCACCUCUACCGAUAUGCCGCAGCAGGGGCAGCAGCAUGUGAGCGGGGAUGGGCAUGGCGGCGGCGUGUCGGGUUCGGGUUAUGUUGGAGUCGGGACUACGUUUCCGAUUGUUGAUGUAGAUUAUUACACCGGCGCUCCCUCCUUGGCUGCUGCUUUGGGGGAUUUUACCGGCGUUCCUUUGGACUUUGGCCACUGGGGGGAUCCUCUACCUUACAUGUAGCUCAAUCGCGUUUUAGUGUACAUACAUCAAGACGGAACGAACCUCUUGUAUCAUCGUGUGCGUUUUUUAUGUAUAUUCACCUGCUACUGUAAGUACUGCGAUGGGGAUUGCCGAGCAGUCAGGGACUCAGGGUGGUCCAUCACCGGUAAAUAACAUCGGGGAAGCCAUCGGCUUGUGGGCCUGCCUGCCUACCUGCUAGACCUGCCUGAUUGGAGGCUAAGGAUGAGACUAAGCCCAGCCUGGGAAGAAUACGUACCUAAGCCUACAAAUACUAUGUAGUGCAAGUUAAAGUCUUGCCGUCGGGUGUUCCGAUCUGUCGGGUGUUCCGAUAUGGUUCCCGGACCGCCCGACGGGAUCCCCAGUUUUCCAGUACUCAUGGUCGUAUGUAUGAUUUUUUGUACAGAAUAAGGCCAUAUAUAGUAUAGAUGAAAUGGCUG